UGGAAGUGUUCAAGCAGAAAGAACCUUAAUGGAACAUGCCAAGUAGCUGAGUGUGGCAGGACGUACGAAUGCGAUAACUUGGCUUGUCCCUAUUUAAAGACUUACAGGCACAAGAACAACGUACAGUUCAAAAAGCUUCCUCCUGAAGUGGUUUGCUCUUGCUGUGGAUAUAGCGCAAAACCAAUAGCAUGUUUUGCGAGAAAGAUUUGGGAGUUUCCCGACGGUGCCAGCCAUGUACUAGUUUACCACUAUGGAACCCACAAAUGCACGGCCAUCAAACCAAGUAUCGACGUUUCAAGUGAAGUGAACAAAUUUUUUAAAGAAAACAGCUCUGCAAAACCUUCUCAAUGUGCAUACGAGUCUUUAAAGGCUACCCUUCAUGACACCAAAGAUGUUAAAGACGUGUACGAGAAAGCUCAGGGUUACGCAGACUACAAGAAGCUACAGAAUGUCAAACAAAAAGUCCUGGAGAGCAUUAAUCCCUUGGGACAUUCUUUUGAUGCUAUAGCGACGAUAAAGGAAGCUGCUGAUAAAGUGGACAAGUUCCUUAUAUUUCGUGCAGAAGAUGGCAGUCUUUCUGGAAGUGAAAACAUGUUUGUCUUUAGAAGUAGCCGCGAGAAAGUGGAAAUGAUGUACCAAAUGCAACGGGGUAGCGGAUCUUCCUUGGCUGAGCAAUACUGUUUUCUGGAUGCAGAACAUGACCGAGUACAGAAGAUGAAAACUAUCAACUUGAGUGGGAACAUCCAGCCUUAAAAGAUUUUGUCACUUCGGCAUGCAUGGACUGUCAAAGUGAAAGCACCAAAACACUUAGCGAGUUUUGGUUGCAGGUCAACAGUGUAAGUGUAUGACUUGGUCGUUUACUGAAAAAUGCAUUUCAUUUCCUGAUCUCGCAAGUGGCGAAAAAAUUAAGUGUAAUGGAUGCUAUUUCUUAAGUGCAACAGCAUUUUAAGAGGCUCAAUAGCCUGGUUGUCCAAAACUAAGUCGAAUUUCUCCGAAAUGGCUUUCAUUUUUCUGUAAUGAAAAGUAACUUUAAACUUCACAUAUGGUUUCUGAGAACUCCUGUCAACUGCACAAACGUUGUGGCCAAAUCAAUUAACCCGAGGUCUCUGGGCAAUCAAAAUUUGUACUAAAUAGAGGAGAGAAGGAUGACAUCGAAUUUAAUAUAAAGAUAAAAAGUUAAUUAAUUUCAUUGAUGAAUGCAUUUAUUAUCUCACAGGCUCUACGUGAAUUUACUGGAGAUCAGGGAUACAUCUUCGAUCCAGAGGGUUUCGUAACAGACGAGCAUGGAGGAAAUAGAGAGAGCAUCCGUAGAAUGCUUAAGCCUGGUGCAGUGGACAGAGCAAAGUCAUGUGAAAACCACUUCUACGACUGUGGUCACAAGCAAGAAAGGAGAGAUUGGAGCUCUGGCUCUAAAUUAACUUUCAGAUGUUGCACGAAAUAUAUCACGCACCUACCCCUGGCGCAUUUGAGGCAAACAGAAGAACACUAAUUGACUGGACGGACAAAAAAACAGAAAAACGAGGCCAUAUUAAAUCCUGGUUCGACAAAUUUUGGUUCAAAAGACGAAUGCACGUAUUCCGUGCCUUUAAGAGUGCAGACACGCCUAAUACCAAUAUGGCAGAGGCAGGCCACUCGCUAAUGCCACAAGAGGUGCCAAAAAUAAGUCGCUGGCCACAGUAGCCAAAGAACAUAUUGUCGAAUGUGCUCUGCUGAAAUCGAAAUUAGAAAUGCAUGAAAGUGGAACCUACAAAGGGGGCCAUUGCCCAACACAACGUCAAAAACACACAGCGACAUUUAGAAGGCAGAGAGACCGAGCUGCUCAAUUUGCGAAGGAGCUCAAAGCAGGAGACAUCAAUCCACGCCUUUACUCUACCUCAUCUUUGUUGACCCUUCUUUGAGUCACAGAGUACCGAAAAGAACAGGGAUCUCUACAAGUGAUGAUAUAGGCGCCUAAAGCGCCUCGUCUUCCUCGGAAAAUGAAAGCACACAGGCAGAAGGACGAAAAACUGCUAAGGCUUCCUUCAGAAAACGAAAGGGAAGAAGCAAAGUGUUCCAAAAGUCGCUCUCGAUGGCUAAGCGAACAAAGUCAGUAACGUUGACGCAAAUAUAUGAUGCUGGGCCCACAAGAAAGGUGUUCGAACUGAUAGACGGCGAAAGGAUAAGAUUAGCAGACAUAAGCGAAACACCUACUUCUGACUGUGGCAUGGUCUCUUCCAGAGACAUAUGCAUGCAUGUCAUAUGGGUCAUGCUGAGAAAAUUGAAUGUCAAUGAAAAUGAUGACAUUAUUCAGCAAAAAUCGAUUCCAGUUGCCCGGGUCAAGAAGCUUCUGAGAAGUGAAGAGCAUGCCGCAAGCAGUGGGUCACUGCGAGUUUGACUAGUGGAGUCUCCGCUGCAACUACAGCUUUACCACCUGUGGCAAGUACAACAGCCAUCAGUGGAGGUUUCUUCCACAACAUUGGAGUCUCCACAACGAACAUUGCUAUACCACCUGCGGCAAGUACAACAGCCAUCAGUGGAGGUUUCUUGCCAAACAGUGGAAGCUCCAUAGCGAGCAGAGCUAUAUCACUUUCAGCAAGUACAACAGCCAUCGGUGGAGGUUUCUUACCAAACAGUAGAAGCUCCACAACGUGCAGAGCUUUACCAUUGGCGGCAGGUAUAACAGCCAUCAGUGGAGGUUUCUUCCACAACAUUGGAGUCUCCGCCACGAGCAAAGCUCUGCCACCUGCGGCAAGUACAACAGCCAUCAGUGGAGGUCUUUUACCAAACAGUAGAAGCUCCACAAUGUGCAAAGCUUUACCACCUACAGCAGGUGCAACAGCCAUCAGUGGAGGUUUCUUGCCAAACAGUGGAAGCUCCACAACAAGCAGAGCUCUACCACCCGCAGUAAGCACAACAGUCAUCAGCAGUGGAUUCUCUAACAGUUUCACAAGUGGAGGUCUCUUGCCAAAAUACCAGCAGCCUAUCCACACUUUCCUCCCCAUGUCUAUCAAAGGCACCAGAAGAUGCCUUGGCACAACACAACCCAUUUGUAAUUGUCCCGAUUAACAAUAGGAUAAAGAAAUAUGCAGGAUGCCCAUUUGCAUUUUUGGACGCCAGUGGUCCUACCUUUACUGGUUUGGUUGUUUGUUAG